AUGGACAAGGGGAAAAACUCUUCAUUGGAAUACCAAGAAACCAUGAACGAUCUGGGGGAGGACAUUGAAGAUAUGGAAUCCCUGAGCCAAAAGCAUGGUGGGGGAAAUGUGGGAGGAGAUAUAAAAUCGGUAAAAGGGGACAAGGGAGGAGAGACAGUUGACUCAGCAGAUGGAGGACAGGUAGGAAGUAACCCACAGAACGCUCUGUAUAACUACCCAACAGAGAGUGCUCAAAAAAUCUUAAAGACACAUUUAGAAGAUUAUUUAAAGCAGCUGGAUUUAUACAAAAGUAACCCCAAGUAUAAAAUUGACCCAACAGUAUACUUGGAAGGAACAGAAGAGGUUGAAAAUUACGUUGUAAAGGAAAAAAUACUCAUCACGACAUACUACCAGUACAUAGAAGUGUAUGAAAGUUCCCUCGAUGUUGAAGAGGAUGUGGAAAGGGAAGAAAUUGUGUACGUGGAGGUUCCAAAGUACGUUACUAAAUAUAACCCUAAGGUAGUAACAAAUUAUGUUGAGAAGACGAUUGAGGUUCCGAGUGGAGAGGAAAUAAAAAGACCUGUGUAUAAUCAGGUUAAUGUGCCUUAUGUAGUUCCACAUGUUGUGGAAAAUGAAACAGAAGUUGUUUUGAAAAAGAUUGUGCAACCAGAGAUCCUUACGUCUAAUGAGGAGAUAGAAGUGGAAGUUGAAAAAUAUGUCCCACGUUUAGUUCCGGUUAAUGUUUAUGUGCCUCGGUACUUUGCAUUAUCAGCAAAGACGUUAGAUGAAGUGGAACAGUCUGUUCAAUAUGUGGACCUGACUCCUGAACAGACCGACUACCUGCUAAAGGAAUUGAAUCCCCAUUUGAAUGAUCUCAAGAGCUUCAACGAGGCACAACUGAAACGAAUGGAAGACUUCAUUCAGGAAUCUGAGCAACAGGCCAAGAGUCACGAGUUGGACCCACCGCAACCGGAACUCGUGUCGUACGACCUGGAUGGACAGAGCCAGACCCUCGACUACAGCGACUUCCCCCAGUUCAAAGAGACCUGUCUGCGCGAGUUGACCUGCUAG